ACACACAGCCACACACCUUAGCACCACCCAGUCGGAGGAGUCCGCCAUGGACCUCGAGACGCAGAAAGCACAGAUCGAGGAGAUCGUGUCCACAGCCAAAUUAGGAGACCUGAUCGAGUUCUCGUACCCCAUCGGCUACUCUCACUGGGGCGUGUACCAUGAAGACGGCCACGUGGUCCACUUUGCAGUCGCAGAGGAGAGCACCAUCAUGUCCAGCAUCCGCACCUCCCUGCAAAACCUAUUUCCCGUCUGCGGUGACCUCCUGCUGGGAGCCACCAAGAUCCGCCGUGUGCCGCUGGGUGAGGUCAACGUCCCCGCCGGCGCUCACAUCCUGAUCUGCAACAACCGUCACACCUUCACGCCGUCCUCCCCCGAGGACAUGAGGCGGCGCUGCGAGGCCCUGGAGGGCGAGGAUCUCAACUACGACCUCUUCACACUCAACUGCGAGCACUUUGCCACGUUUGUUCGCUUCGGGAAGUCCGUGUGCAACCAGAUACCCACCCAGGCCAAAAACGUGGAGAAUGAGGCGGCGACCGCCACCUUCCAGAACAUUGUGGAUGCCAAAGAAAGCAGUGAAGAUUGACUUCUAGUCGCACACACACACACUCACUUGUGCACACACACACUUCUCUCAGUGGACCUCAUCGUCAUCAACUAUCAACUAUCACUGACUUUUGUGUUGCUCUCAACUCACCGAUCCACUUGUUUAGUUUUGAAUGAAUAUAAUAAUAAAAACAUA